AGUUCACUAAAGUCAGUUCACUGUUGGCAGAAAAAAAAUAUUAUCACUCGCGAUUAAUGGUAUAAUUGGCUUCUACGAUAGAUUUCUAUAUUUGCUAGUAGCCAAUAGUAAUAAGAGAGAAUAUCUUACAAAAAUCAUACUUGAUAAACCAUUAUGAUCUGGAUACGAACAACAUGCUGUGCACGCAAAUUAAAAACUGGAGAAAAUAAAACGAGCAGUUAAAUGCAUUAUCAGUGUUCUUAUUGAGUCAAUAUGAACAGCGGUGAACCGAUGCUGAAAGAAAUACUGAAAGACGCUCUCACGUAUCUACGAGAGCCUUUAUUAUUGCAAAACAUGCUGCGAAACUCCGACGGUUCAUACGAAUGGAAACUGCUCGAAUGGGAUUUCAUGGAAUUUGCAGAAAAAUUGAAAGAUUUAAAAUUACCCUUUCGAGUUGGUUAUAAUGCUAGACUUAUGAGUCCUCAAUGGGAGAGACAUUGUCCUGUAAAAUAUAUGACACUGCGGGAGUUUAUUGACAAUAUGAAAGAUUCAAAGGAUGAGAUGUGGUAUUAUUUUGAUUACAAAUAUAUGCAUGAGUGGUUUGAUAAUAAACCAGAAAUUAUGACUUCAUUAAGCUGGCGCAACUUUGGAAUUGACAAAGAUGGAUUUGAUUCUACUCUAUGGAUUGGAAGUAAAGGCGCUCACACCAAUUGUCAUCAGGAUUCCUAUGGUUACAACUUGAUAGCUCAAAUACAUGGCAGAAAAGAAUGGUUGCUUUUUCCACCAGACUCCAGCAAUUUUUUGGAACCAACUAGAAUUCCUUAUGAGGAAUCAACCAUAUAUAGUAAAUUUAAUUUCUUUUGUCUGAGUAAGGAGGAUGAAACAAAAGUAUUGAAUAUGCCUUACAAACCAAAAAUAAUAAUUCUUGAACCUGGAGAUGUUUUAUUUGUGCCUUGGGGCUGGUGGCAUUAUGUUGAAUCUUUGGAUCAAAGUAUGAGUAUUAACAUAUGGUUACCAUUAAAAGAAGACAAUAAAGCAAGGCUUAAGGAAGCUCUUGUUAAGUUGACAAUAGCUAGGAUCGGGGGCCAGAAAUAUAUCACAUCUGAGGAUAGAAAUGACUGUAUGUCUUACUACACACAACUGAUUGAUGUUGCUCUUCAAGAAUGUAAAAACAACAUCGAUAGUACAUCAGAUUUUGUUUCUGCAAAAAGAGUGAAAUAUAAUCUAUGGACUGUGGAAGAUUUAGUCAUGCAGUAUUCUAAACAUAUUAAGCCGUUAUAUGAUUUAAAAGAUCAUGAAUUAGAAAAGUUUCUUCGAGAGAAACGAGAAAGAUUUCCAAAAAGUAAUUUCACUUCAGAGCUGCCUCAAAGAUCAAUAGAUACUAAAGCAGUACCACCACUUGGAACAUCUUUAGAAUCUAUCAUCAAUGCUUUAUGUCAUCCAGAUGUCGUUAAUAAAGCAGCGGAAUUAUUAUUACACGACACGAGAAAAUAAUAAGGGAGAGAGAAAGAGAGAGAGAGAGAGAAAUAUUUACUUCAUUGCGUAUCUGAAAAUGAUAAUUAAAAUAAGAGGUUAUAACCCUCUUAGAAACAUCGUGGCUGGAAUAUGAAGUUGUAGCUCGAAAUAAGCUGUCGUUAUUAUUAUUAUUUAAAUAAACUGUCGUUAUUAUUUUUCCUGCUCCCCAGCCUGCUCUUUUUACACCUCCGGACAUAGUCUGGCAUAGAGAUGGCAAGUGUAGUUGC